CCCCUCGCAGGAUGGAGCACCCGACCGCGGCUGAGACCGCCGCGAACGCGGCCACCGACAUCGCCCCACCCACUGGAUGGGCGGCGGUGAAACAGAAGAUCGUGGCGUGCUUCUGGGAGGUCGAGGAGCACCUCGCGGACAUCUUCGGCCUGAACGACAGCAAGUACCAGUUCGCCAUCGACGAGUACAUGCAGAAGAAGCAAGAGGAGGAGGAUCGCGCCGAGUACGAGGCGUGGGAGAGGGAGCAGGAGGAGGCGAAGGAGAACGAGCGUCUCGCGGCGGAGGCUGACGCGCUGGAAGGGGGAGGCGACGGCUUCGAGGAGGUGCGCCUCACGUCGGAGGCGGGCAAGGAAGAGCGUUAGGGCGUCGGGGCGUCUGCGCAGCAUCUUGUUUUAAUACGUCAGUCGGACCCCGGAUGUAAGCUU